CAUGUUUAAAAAGAUUUCAAAGGGAUAAAACUGAUCUCCAGAUUAUUAAUGGUGGAGAACCUACAUGGAAUGGAGCAAAAUUCUAAGAAUUAGGCACCCCAAUGAUGAUUAAUGCGAUUAUAUUUCAUCCCCACUGAGCAUGAAUUCAAAGCACCUUAGAACCAAAAACUAGUUUUGUAAUCCUCUUCUUCGGCGCCUACCUCACUAAUGUUAUAAACACAAAGUCUCUUAUUUCUCAGAAGUCAGAUUAAGGUUUGUCAAUUUCUUGGAAAUUUAGAAAGUCGGAUACCCAGACACAAAUUUCACGGCGGUAGAAUCGGAUUAUUGGGUCGUACUUCUCUCCCUUAGGUUUACAUAACGGUGGGGUAGAACACCUAUAUAUUCCCAAGGGAUCAUACUUUCUUUACAUCGUAGUUCAAACACUUCAUCUAGAUUGAAAAAAAUGGAGAGCCCAUUGAGAUUUGGUCUAUGGCUGUGUCUCUGCGUCUCCCUUAGCAUGGUAUCUCUCUGCGCUGCAGAUUUAUCCCACAAGAGCAUAAAGCUGCAGAACAACUGCUCGUUCCCGGUGUGGCCAGGGAUAUCAUCAUGGAACACACAUGAAUACGACAUACCCGCCGGAUUCCGGCCACUGUUAAAAUCCGGCGAGUCAUAUUCCAUUGUUUUUGCUAUGUCAUGGCAGGGAAGCAUUUGGGGAAGGUACGGAUGUUCAUUCAAUCGAUCAGAGUUGGGGUUUUGCCGGUCCGGCGACUGCGGAGGAAAUCUACGGUGUGAGAAAGCUUCAGCACAACAAAAGAUCUCAACACCAAUUACACAGGCCGUGUUUAUGAAUGGGUCUUGUUCUGUUGAUUUGCAGUCGGGUUAUAAUCUUCCGAUCUCUGUUAGUCCGGUUUUAAAGCAGUGUGGAUCGCAGGCAUGCGGUGCAUAUGUUGGUGCCAUUUGUCCCAAAAAUUUGCAGAUGAUGUGGAAAAAUGAGGUGAUCGGGUGUAAAGGCGAGUGCAAUGCAUAUAUGAGGACUUGCAGUCCUCCUGCUUUUGAAUCCGCUUUCAAGAAAACUUGCCCUAAUGUUUUUCCUUUCCAAGAGCAAGUCUGGUGCUUCUCUAGCACUAAUUACACCCUGACAUUCUGUCCCCCACAGUGACCCCAAUUUCAUGCUUCUGGUUUUUUUCUGUAAUUGCACGACUCUGGUUUCUGUUAAUUUUUUUCGAUUGAAUAAAACGGAUGAGUUAGAUCGUUA